UGUCGAUGCAGCAUGUAUAUAAAUAGCGCGACCAUACCCAAUCGAUUUUCUAUCGAACUGUAUUUUCAACUUGCAAGCUUCGGGGGAAUUUCUCUGGAUAGGUACCAAUCUCAAGUUCCGAAAUGGAGGGUAUCCAAGGAUUCUAUAAAGACAAGGUGGUAUUCCUCACAGGCGCAACAGGAUUUUUGGGAAAAGUAAUAAUUGAGAAGCUUUUGCGAACUACAGAUGUCAAACGGAUCUACUCAUUGAUUAGACCCAAACGGGGUCAGGAUAUUCAGGAGCGCAUUGAGAUAUGGCAAAAGGAUUUGCUCUUUGAAGUCCUGCUGCAGUCGAGGCCCGAGGCACUUAAGCGGGUCGUCCCGAUCGCAGGCGAUUGCCUGGAGCCCGACCUUGGCAUCAGUGAUGCGGAUCGCAAUCUCCUGGCCUCCGAGGUGCAGAUCGUCAUCCAUGGAGCAGCCACCGUGCGCUUCAAUGAGCCGCUUCACGUGGCUCUGGCCAUCAACACGCGGGCCACAAAACUGAUGCUCCAACUGGCCAAGGAGAUGAAACAACUGGAGGCCUAUUUGCACAUCUCCACGGCCUUCUCCAACUGCGUGAUCUUUCGGGUCGAGGAGAAGUUCUAUCCCGAGCACUUGACCUGCGAUUCGGAAAAGGUCCUGGCAAUGAGUGAGCUUUUGAGUGACCAGAUGAUGGACACUCUGACACCCACUCUGGUGGGAUCCUACCCCAAUUCGUAUACCUACACCAAGGCCCUGGCGGAGGAUGUCAUCCUACGAGAGGCGGGGGACCUGCCCUUGUGCGUCUUUCGACCGUCCAUUAUAUUGGCCACGCAUAAGGAGCCUGUAUCCGGCUGGAUUGACAAUCUAUAUGGACCCAAUGCUCUGAUUUACGGCGUGGGCCAUGGAGUUCUGCGUGUGACCUCUUUCGACAAAAAGGGCUAUAUCAGCAUGGUGCCUGUUGACUACUGUGCAAAUGUGGCCCUGGCCAGCCUCUGGCAGACAUCCAAGCAAAAAGGCCCACGGGAUCCGAAAGAACAGCCCUCCAUUUACACUCUAGCACCCAGUGAAAGGAAUCCUCUGAAGACAAUGGACUUUGUAAAACUUUCUUUGAGCUGUCGAGAUGAGUUUCCGCUGAACAAGAUGAUCUGGUACCCGUUUUUGCAGUGCAUCUCCACUCUGUGGCUGUAUCGGCUGGCCACGAUCUUCUAUCACACAAUACCCGGCUUUUUCUGUGAUCUGGCACUAAGACUUACGGGAAGAAAACCUCGCCUGGUGAAGCUCUACCGAAGUAUACAUGUCAACUAUGCACUUCUCCAGUACUUUUUGCACAACAGUUGGUUCUUUGAGACGAAGAGCACAGAUCGGCUAAAGGCUUUAAUGUCUCCGGAGGAUCGGAACAUGUACAACUUCGACAUGGAGGCCCUGGACUGGAAGAAGUACUUCCAAAAGUCCCUUUUCGGCAUGCGACUUUACCUUUGCAAAGAGCCCCCAACCCAGGAAUCCGUCGACCAAGCCCGGCGACUGCUAAAGAUAUUGAAGAUCCUACACUUUGGCCUAAUGGCCAUACUGUGUGGCAUUGCUGGAAUCAUUUUGUGGUCACUGGUCAAAUUAAUAAUUUGAUUCAAAACAUCGGGGGUGUCUACCGUAUCGAAGGUCAUUCUUAGUUUAAGGCAAUAAAAUAAAAUUGGAAUCCCCUU